AUGGAGGUGGAGGAGAUUCAAGCCCAAGCCUGUAAGUUCCCAAGAAUUGGAAAUGGCAGUAGCAGAGCCACUAACCCAGCUGCCGACGACGAAGAUCAAGACCCAUCGUGCCUAGACCUCAAGAGGGAUACCACUGCGGACGCCGGCAACCGCCUCCGCGGGUGGCACCACUCCCGCAUCAUCCGCGUCUCGAGGGCCUCCGGCGGCAAAGAUCGGCACAGCAAGGUGUGGACUUCAAAGGGGCUCAGAGACCGGAGGGUACGGUUGUCUGUAACCACAGCCAUUCAGUUCUAUGAUCUUCAAGAUCGGCUGGGUUACGACCAACCCAGCAAAGCAGUGGAGUGGCUGAUCAAAGCUGCCGCUGACGCCAUAGCUGAGCUUCCAUCUCUCAACAAUUCCUUCCCUGACACUCCCAAGCAGCUCAGUGAUGAGAAGAGGGCGAGUUGUGAGCAUGGGUUUGAUUCAGCUGAGGUUGAGCUCGAGGGGCACGGCCAUGGCGACCCCAAUUAUCAUCACCAUCAGAACCAAAGCCAGCACCUUUCUCUGUCCAAAUCGGCUUGUUCUAGUAAUUCCGAGACCAGCAAGGGAUCCGGGCUGUCUCUCUCCCGGUCUGAGAUUCGGGUGAACCGGGUCAAGGCCCGGGAGCGUGCCCGGGAGAGAGCAGCCAAGGAUAAGGAGAAGGAGAGCAACGAGUCAGCUUCACACAUUGCUCACCACCACCAGCAAAACAGCAGCAACUUGAACAACUCCAUUUCUCAAAGCGCUUCGUUCACCGAGCUUCUCACUGGUGGCAUCGGUACCAACAGCAGCAACAACAACAAUAGUCCAACCGCAGCUGCUCAUCAGCAGCAGAGCCACGGCGGCGGCGGCGAGCCCAUUUUGUUCCACAAGGCAGCAGCGGCAGGAGGAGGGGGACCGAUGGAUUACUUCAGUUCCGGACUUCUCGGGCUGUCCUCGUCGACCCGAACCCACCACUCGUCCGGGUUUCCGGGUCAAAUCCAGUUGGGGAUGAACUCCAUUCCGCAGACAAUGUCGGUUGUGUCCCCGUUCAGCGUGUCCGGGGAUCAUCAUCACAACCACAACACGGAGCUUCAGCAUUUCUCGUUUGUUCCCGACCACCUCAUCCCCGUUACGACGUCGUCGCAGCCGGGCAAUGGCGGCGACUACAAUCUCAACUUUUCUAUCUCUUCUUCCGGCGGCCUUGCUGGUUUCAAUAGGGGGACCCUUCAGUCCAAUUCUUCCUCAUCACCGUCUCUUUUGCCUCACCACUUUCAGAGGUUUUCUCCCAUAGACGGAUCAUCCAAUGUACCCUUCUUCAUCGGAGCCGCGGCGGCUCCAACCAUGGAGAACCACCAUCACCACCACCACCAUCAGCAACACCAACAGCAGUUCCCAGCUGGGUUUGAUCGCCGCUUGCAACAUCCCUACGGCGACGGAAGCCGGCAUUCAGACCACAAGGGAAAAACAAAGAACUGA